UCUCUGCAGAUCAUCUUCUAUGAAGACAAGAACUUUCAGGGCCGCUCCUAUGAGUGCAGCUCGGAUUGUUCAGACCUGACCUCAUAUUUCAGCCGCUGCAAUUCCAUUCGUGUAGAAAAUGGCAACUGGAUUCUUUAUGAACAGCCAAAUUAUAGGGGACACCAGUACUAUCUUAGGAGAGGGGAAUAUCCUGAUUUCCAGAAAUGGAUGGGUUACAAUGACUCCAUCAGAUCCUGCCGUCUAACUCCACAACAUCGUGGUCCUUUUAGAAUUAGAAUCUAUGAGAGAGAAGACUUCAGAGGUCAGAUGAUGGAGUUCACCGAAGAUUGUCCUCAUGUCUAUGAACAAUUCCAUUAUAAUGACAUCCACUCCUGCAAUGUGUUUGAUGGUCACUGGAUGUUCUAUGAGGAACCCAACUACAGGGGGCGCCAGUACUACCUGAGACCUGGAGAAUACAAGAGAUACAAUGACUGGGGAGCCAUUAACUCCAGAAUUGGCUCUUUUAGACAAGUCAUGUAUUAAUGUAUAUUAUUAAAUAAUAUAUUAUUAAUAAAUCUAUAAAACUGCA